CCAAAUUUGAAAAAUAUGACCGUUAGAGAUCCCUUACUCUCUUCUCUAAUUCUCCAGCGUUUCAGUAUCUCUUCAUUUCAUUAACCCCAAACCAUCUUCUUCUUCUUCUGAUUCUGUCUGUACAGAGCGAAUCAAAGUCUCUCUCUCUCUCACUCACUCACGCCACAAUAACUCCAUCUUACUCCGUCUUCCACAAUCCAUGUCGGUGGCCGAAGAACCCAACCCAGCAAAUUUAACCAUCUCCACCAUGAUCGACGAGGCCUACGAGUUCUCGGCCCCUCGGUUCUUUGAUUUUGUCAAGGGCGAGUCGGACGAGGACAAGCGCAAGGCCGAGCUCUGGUUCGACACCGCCCUCACUCACGCCCCUUCUCCUUUCAUGCCUAGAAUCAAGACCGGUAGAUCUUUCACCAUGGAAAGCUUAUGCGAUUUUAGUGUAGCAGAUCAGAUGCAGAAGGAGACUUCUAGUUCAUCGUCCGAUUUGAAAAUUAAUGGUACUUCGGAAACUAUGCCUGAAACCGUGCUUAGUCCAGUUGAGUUAAAGGAAGAAGUAAUUUCUUCAGAGACCAAAGAAGAAAUUGUCAUAGUGAAUUCUGCUGAUAAAGGUUCAAAGGAGGAUGGCAAAGGGGAAAGCAAGAGUACUGAGAAACAUGACAGAGCAUCAGCUACGAUACUUUCUUCUUCUUCUGAUGUGAAAAAUGAAGCGAAUAGUGAUAAAGAGAAUAGCAAACCUUCUGUUCAAGCAGAAAAAGAAGCUUGCACUCCUGUGCCACCGAAUCCUGGGACCAACUCCAAGAAGCACCAGACAGCUAAAAAGAUUGCUAGUUUAGUUAGAAACCCAUCAGCCUUGAAGCCAAAAAGUCAGAUAAAGUCGUCACAAUCCAAAACCCCCAAACCAUCUUGUUUGAAAAGUGAAACAAAUGUGAAAAGCACUGCUGGGACUCUCACUUUGGCCCAGGAGAAUCAGGCAAUUAAGCGACAGAAGUUGGAAGGAGGACAAUCUAGACAGAUUCUUAGCCUCAAACCGCAUAAUCUGCCCCACAAGACAAAAUCGGGUCUUGUAAGUGGCAGUUCCAACUUCUGCCCAUCAACUGUGAAUAGAGCUAAAAAAGAUGAAAGAAAGAUUUAUGUUCGAGAAGGAGCAGCACCAGCACAAGCUCCUCCAUUUGUUUCAGCUGCUGAAAUGAUGAAGAAGUUCCAAUCAAGUACCAGAGACCUGUCGUUGCCUCACACUGGUUCUCAGGUUAGAGAAAUAAAAUCAAGUCCCAGUUUUUUGCUGUCCUUUUAUUUUAUACCUUCCACAGUACUUAAUAUUCUUGUUGUUUAUGCUUCUACUGUGCAGAUGAAGCCUAGACUCACAUUGACAAGGCCCAAGGAACCUGAGUUUGAAACAGCUCAGCGAGCACGCUCUGUUAAGAUUAAAAGCACUGCUGAGCUUGAAGAAGAGAUGAUGGCCAAAAUUCCCAAGUUUAAAGCACGUCCAUUGAACAAGAAGAUUCUGGAAGCCCCGUCGUUACCUGCAGUACCAAGAAGUACACCCCAGCUGCCAGAAUUUAAGGAAUUUCAUUUAGAGACUUCGGCAAGAGCAAACCAUAAUGCAGAAUCGGCAUCAGUUGUCUCAACAGAUUCGUCACGUCAGAAAAAUCAAUGGAAGGGCCAUUUAACUGAACCUAAAACCCCGCUACUUCAGACAUCACUAAGGGCCCGACCACCCAGGGUGAAAAGUUCCUUGGAAAUUGAGCAAGAGGAACUUGAGAAACUACCUAAAUUCAAGGCUAAGCCUCUAAACAAGAAGAUAUUUGAAAGCAAGGGUGAGUUGGGUAUGUUCUGUAAUGUCAAGAAACAUAUUACAAUCCCUCAAGAAUUUCAUUUUGCUACUGAUGAGAGGAUUCCACCACCUUCAACAGUUGCAGAUCUUUUUGACAAGUUAUCUUUGAACAUGGAACCUCGCCAUAAUCCACUUCCGAAAAACACAACACCAAAUCCAUUUCAUCUGCAUACAGAGGAAAGAGGAGCCGAGAAAGAGAGGAAAUUUAUUAUGGAAGUUGUGCACAAGCAGUGGGAAGAGGAGCGAGCCAGGGUUCCAAAAGCUAACCCAUAUCCUUAUACCACUGACUACCCUGUGAUUCCACCCAAACCAGAGCCCAAAAAUUGCACAAAGCCAAAUCCUUUUCAAUUGGAGAGUUUGGUGAGGCAUGAGGAAGAAAUGCAAAGAGAAAAGGAGGAGAGAGAGAGGAAAGAAAGAGAAGAGGCUCAAAUGAGAGUAUUCAAGGCACAGCCAAUCCUUAAAGAAGAUCCCAUUCCAGUCCCAGAAAAGGUGCGCAAGCCUUUGACUGAAGUUCAAGGAUUCUCUCUUCAUGUGGACCAUAGAGCUGUGGAUAGAGCAGAAUUUGAUCAAAAGAUUAAAGAGAAGGAAGUGAUGUAUAAGAGAUACAGAGAAGAGAGUGAUGCAGCCAGAAUGAUAGAAGAAGAGAAGGCGCUGAAACAGCUGAGGAGGACAAUGGUCCCCCAUGCUAGGCCAGUGCCAAACUUUAACAACCCAUUCUGCCCCCAGAAGUCGGUCAGGGAAGCUACAAAGGCAAAGUCACCAAAUCUUCGCGUGCUACAAAGGAAAGAAAAGAGAAGAAUGAUAGUAAAUUCUGCCACUUCGAGUGCUGCUUCCAAUAUGAGAUAGAUAGUAGAUAGAUGCGUUUGCCUUAGAUUAGAUAUUCUUUGUUGUGUUGUAGAGAUAUAUACAGCAAGCUACUAGGGUGUAGCUGCUGCUGUGUGCAAGAUCAAUGUACAUCAAUCAUUUUAUUUAUUCAAUCAUUUGUACUGAAGCAAAUGUAAUAAGCAAAUAUAAAAUUUGAAUGUA